GCGUUAUCAAAGGAGCUGGUGCCCGAGGGGAAACGACAGAUUUAAAGAAACAGUGCCAAUCACGUGUAGGAAUUCGGAAACAACGCGAGAACUGCAUCGCCCCCGGGGUUUAUUUUGUUCCGGGUCGAGGACAGGUCUACCAUGAGACUCGGGUGAAUUUUGAAUUCUUGGGCGAAUUAAGUAAUGUUUGAUCAUCGACAUGAGUUCUCAGAAGGGCAAUACCGCUCGUACGCGAGGCCAGAAGUACCAAAACACAACUGCUUUCAAAAAUAACAAAUAUGGGACGAGUGUUCAGGUCAAAACAGCAACUGCAAAGGUCCAUGAUGGGGUCUGCCAACAUUGCAAAGAUGUUUUGGAAUGGAAAGUGAGAUAUAACAAAUACAAACCUCUAACUCAGCCUCGAAAAUGUGUGAAGUGCCUGCAGAAAACUGUGAAGGAUGCGUACUACAUCAUCUGCAAGCCCUGCGCCCUGAGAUUGCAGCAAUGUGCCAAGUGUGGGAAAGAGAGAGACAUUGUUACCCCGCUUAAUACUAAUGAGGAGGAAGAAGAGGGCAGUGACCAGGCAAGCGGAGCUCAAAGGAGGGGGCAACGGCAACAGACAAAACACCAAAAGUUAGACGAUGAUGACAGUGAUGAUUUUGACUCUGAAAGUGAACUGGAUUUCCCUGAAAAUGGUGAUGGAUCAGUAAGUAACCACAGUGAAGUUCAGGUCCCUGAUAUCUCAUCUGUGAAGAUACAGGACACAAGCUGAGGCAGUGUGACUUUUGCAAAGUCAUUGUGUUGACUGUCAAUAUUUUCCCUUAAGUUGAUGUUGCUGCAGUUGUAUACAGUCACCAGAAGGUGGCUCUUUGAUAGUCACUAAGAAUUAUUUGUGUAACUGGGAUAAUGAUUGUUUUGUCCAAAGUGUUGCUCCCAUUAAGCCUGUAGGUUAAAUUAAAUGGACUUUUAAUGCUGAAGAAGGGUAAAAAUGUAAACUGUAAUAACGUGUGUAGAUGGACUGACACUUGGUAAUACUUUAGUUCUCUUGAUGCAGGACAGUACAAUAUCAGUUAUUUCGUAGUUGGAUUUCUUGUUUGGCCGUUCUUGACUCCAAACAAGAUCUAAUAUUCAGAAAUGUAGUGUUAUCUGAGAUAAUCCAAAGACCAGAUUAUCCGGAGUUAACCGGUUCAAUUAAUAUGCCAAUUUCGAGUCGUGCUUUACAAAGAACUUUAGUCAUAAAGUUGCUGGAGCAUGCAAGUUACCAGAGCAUGUCAUUGUCUGUAUAAACAAUUCAUAACUAAAGAGUUCAUCGUGUACUUUGGUGUCACCGGCCUAUGGUGCCUCAUUGUGUACUGGAAGUGUAAAUGAGCACAUUUACUGGGGACAAGGCUUGACUAAAGAAUCUAUGAUUGGGUUUCUGCUUAAUGUCUCCUUAAUGAGAGGUUAAUGUACUGGCAUUCAGGAAUAGUGGAAAAGGACUCCAGCGUGGCCUUUUACCUGAAAUGUGUAACAUAAUCAUGUCUGCACCUGGCUCAUUUUUAUAUCGGGGGGGAGGGAAGUCAGUUCGCCACUUGUCAGCAUUUUCUAAUGAGACUCAGUUCCUGUCAUGUCUGUCAUCAGCAUUUUUGAAGUAUCAUAUGACAUUUACUGUUCUCUUAUCCCUACUAAAGACACCCAGACCCUGAUCCCUGCAUUCAUUCCACAACCUGACGGACCCAAUGUAUUGUAUUCGUUCCUUCUUGCUUUUUUUUUGUUGAAUCCAUCUCCACUUUUGACCCUAAAUAAAGCCCUUGUUCGUUGAUCUGA